AUUCACUCCGUAAAUGUAAACAUUUUUUUGCACGACUUGGAAACCAGAGCAAGAGUAAAGAAAUAUUAUGUCAAAAGGAUUUGGCGAGAGGCUUCUUUGGGACGUUGCUAUUGAUCAAGCACAAGAAUCAGAUGAUGGACCUAAAAGUGAGGAUGCAGCCCUCUUCUUCAUUGGAAGUAAAAAUUCUGGGAAAACCUCAAUUAUCCUCAGAUUUUUAGACAGAGAUGAAGCUCCCAAACCUACUGUGGCGUUAGAAUACACAUUUGGUAGGAGAGCCAAAGGCCACAAUAUCGCAAAAGAUGUUGGUCAUAUUUGGGAAUUAGGAGGGGGCACGUGGCUGUCUAAACUGAUGGAGGUACCCCUGAAUCCAGACACAAUUCUACACACCACGUUAGCCAUUGUGGUAGAUUUGUCCAAGCCCUCGGAGAUCUGGUUCACCCUGGAGACUCUGUUAGCAGCAGCUAAGGCCAGGAUAGAGAACAUUCUGGCAGAAAUGAAGCAGGAAAAUCCCGGUCUGAAGGAGAAGUUACGCAGAAAGGCGUGGGAGAGAGUGGGAGAGGAACACUCAGACAAGGCAAUGAUGGACCCUUUUCUUAUCCCAUUGAUUAUAAUUGGAGGAAAAUACGAUGUGUUCCAGGAUUUUGAUUCAGAAAAGAGGAAAGUUAUAUGCAAGACCCUUAGGUUUGUGGCUCAUACAAAUGGAGCUACAUUGCAGUUCUUUGGUCUGAAACAGGAGCAGUUGGUAAUGAGAUUGAGAGGUCUGAUAAGCCAUCAUUUGUUUGGGACAACUAUGGGAAAAUCUCUACAAGUUGACCACAAUAAACCUCUUCAUGUGGCAGCAGGACACGAUUCUCUACAACAAAUAGGUACUCCUCCCAUAUCUGAACAAGACAUUGGUCGAGUCCAUGCAAAGAAUCCCCUGCAGUUAUGGAAACAUGCAUUCACGGGAUUUUUCCCACAAGAUGAUAUAUCAAACCCUGCCCUGGUAGAUGACCCUGCCAAAGACUCCCAGUACCAGGAGGCCGCCAUUGAUUCACUCAGAACACAGAAAGACGAGGAGUUAGAGAGAUACCGUAGAUUGUGUGAGAGAAGAAGUAAAGAGGCACAGAGAGCUAAUGCGCAGUCAGUCUACUGAGAGUGCUCAGCGAUGUCAUCAUGGACCACUUCAUUCUUAUCCCAGGAUAUGCUGGAAAACAAUGAAUCUAAAUGCUGCAUCAGAUUCUGAAAUAUCUGAAUAACUUGAGGAUAUUGAAGUUUACAACUUUAUUCAAACUGAAUCCGUCCAAUUUAUACAUAUUUAUUUCUACUGUGUAGCUAGACCUGUAUGUAUUUGUAUAAUAAAGUUUUAAAAAUUG